AGGCGUCGCGACGCUCCAGACGCGAAUCACGCGUGUUGGUGAAAAUGUAACCGCGUUACGUUAAUUCAGCAUAAUCUGUGAUUAAUCGCUGUUAUCAAAUAAAAUAAAAUAAAAAUUCUCAGUGAGAAAAAAAAAAACAAAAUAAAUGACUUAUAAAACGUGCCAAAGUGAACGAUAAUUUUUUUUUAAAAAAGUGAGUUUUUUUUAUGCAAAAAAAAAAUCUCAAAUAAAAAUGUAAACAACCAGGGGAUGAUAGUUGCCACUAUAUUAACAUCUCCCAUUAAAUUCUGUGCCAAUUAUCAAAAAGAGAUUUUCACCUGUGCUUCAUCAUUUCUUUUUCAAUUGAAGAUGAAGCUUCACGAGAAAAAAGAGUCAGCAAUUCAUAAAGUGCAAGAAGUUGCACUUAAUGAAGUGAAUUUAACAAUUGAAUAUGAUGUUGAAAAAAAUCUUGGUGAGGGUAGUUUUGCAAAAAUUCUACUUGCAACACAUCGUAAAACCCAAACAAAAGUAGUAUUAAAAGCCGUUCAUCGUGAAUUAACAACGGAAAAAGAAUUUUUCCGUGAAUUUCAUUAUUCCUAUCAUUUAAGUCCCCAUCCAAAUAUACUUAGUUCAUACGCAGUUGCCUUUAGAGCGGAAAAUUGUUAUGUUUUCGCUCAAGAAUAUGCACCAUAUGGCGAUCUUGCUGGUAAUGUUAAAGCAGGUGGUUUAAAUGAAGAUGUUUGUAAAAAAAUAGCAACACAAUUAUCAUCAGCAUUAGAUUUUCUUCAUUCAAAACAAUUGGCACAUCGUGAUGUUAAAUUAGAAAAUAUUCUUGUAUUCAAUCAAGAUAUGUCAAAAAUAAAAUUAUGCGAUUUUGGUUGUACAAAACGUGAGGGUACACUUGUUAAUAAAAUCACUUGUACAUGGGUACAAUUUUUACCACCUGAAAUUCAUGAAGUUAUUAAAAAUGAAAGGUACACUUGUAAAAGAAGUGCCGAUUGUUGGCAAUUUGGUAUUGUUUUAUUUGUCUGUUUAACUGGUAAUCCACCAUGGCAAUCAGCAGUACCAAUUCAAGAUCCUGAUUAUAGUUCAUUUCAACGUUGGUUAAAAACACGUCUCAAUGUACCAUCUUCAUUUCGUCGUUUUACACCGCGUUUAUUACGUUUUUUUCGUCGUAUUUUUGAACAUAAACCCGAUAAAAGGCCACAAGUUACGGAAAUUAAUAAAUAUAUUAAAGAUGCAUGGUUUAUUAAUAAAAUUAAUCAUAGUGCAACAUCAACGUCAGUUGAUGCUAGUGAUAGUUUUAUGAAAAAAGGUGAAAGCCUUAUGUAUUUGGAUACAAUAAUUGAUGAUCGUCAUAAUGUUGAUGAGAAUAAAAAUAAAUUACGAAAACUUCUUAGUAGUUAUGGCCUUGAAACGACUGUCGAUCAAAAAGUCGUUACCAAACGAAUUUGGGAAUGGGUUAUGCAAUGUGAAACGCAUGUUGGUGAUAUGGGACUAAUUAGUGGUUUUGGCACUGAUAAUAUGUGAAAAAUAAUUAAAUCUUCAAGUGAACCAUGUCUUACGACAUUAUCAACAACAACAACAAUAAUAAUGAAAAAACGAAAUUUUCAUCAAGUGGGCAAUGGCCUACAUUAUUCAUUUGUUGCCAAAUAAUACUCAAGAACCUGUGAUCUCUCAUUAAUUUUAUCUUUAUGUAUUAUUACUAUUAUUAUUUUUAUUAUUAUUAUUAUUAUUAUUAUUAUUAUUAUUUUUAUUGCCAUUUAUCAAACAAAUAUAAUAUUUAGUCAUUUUUUUUUCUUUACAUUGAUGAUGCUAAUUGAAAUUAAUGUUAAAAAUAUAAAAUUUUAUUUAGCACACAAAUAAAAUUGAAAUAAAAUUUAUUUUAAACAAAAUAUUUGACUCUGAGAAAAGAAAUAUUUAUUUUCUCUAGUUUUACAAAUAAGUGAAAAAUUAAUAAAAUAAAUUUUAUUUCUUUAAAAAUUCUCAUAAUUAAUUUGUUAGCCAUUUGAGCUAGUAGUGACAAUAAUCUUCCAAAAACUAAUUUACGACUCACUGUCAUUACUUAUAAUAUAAUAUUUAAUAUAAAAAUUUGUCUCUUUUCUAGAGACAUCGAUUAGUUUAUAUCAAAUUUUAAUUUUUUUUUUUUUUUUUGAAUAAAAAAAAGAAAUACCAAAAAAUCGUAAAUGUUCUGAGAAUUGUUAAUUGUCUCGGAUUAUAUAUAAAAAUAUAUUUAUAAAGUUUGAAUGUAUGUGUGUAUGUCUUCAAACGAACGAAAUGAACGAAAUAAUUUAUAUAUAUAUAUAGAUCUAGAAGUAAAUGUAUAAUUGAAAAAAAAGAAUGUAUCAAAGAAUGAAAAGGGAUAAAUGAAUAAAAUAAAUGAGGAAAUAGAAAAAAAAACCCGUAAGUGUGAAAAAAUGUAUACAAUUACAUAUUAUUCUUGUAGAAAAAUUAUAUAUACGUAAGGUACAAAAAAAAUCCUACAGAAAAAAAACAACUAAUUAAAAAUUCUAUUUCAAAAAAAUAGGAAAAAAAUUUGAAAUAUAAUUUUUUAAUUUUUCCUUUCGUGAUAUAUUUAAAAUGUGAAUAUAUUAAUUUAUUGAAACUAAACGUCGUUUAAGAUAAUGAUUAUUUAAAAAGACAUUGCUUUUAUUAUCGAGAUAAAAAUAAUCAUUAUUAUAAUAUAUAUAUAUAUAAAAUCAUUUCCAAUAGAUAUUAUAAAUAAAGUUUUAUCAAAUUAUUAUAAUUUCAUUGAACGCGAAUUAAAUUAAAAAUUAAUAAUAGUUUAUUGAGAAUCAACAUUGAUGAAAAGUAAAUCGUGGUUUUAAUUAGAAAUACUAUUUCAUUCUGUAUUUUUGUUUCUUUAUGUAAAAAAAAAAAUAAAUUUUCCUUUCACCCAUUUUUCAAUUUAGGAAAAAAAAGUUUAUAAAACUAUUAUAAAAAAAAAGACUUAAAAAAAUUUGUCAGUAAAAUAUUUUUGAAAUCUAUAUAUAUACAUGUAUAUUUAAUUCCUUGGGUCCAAGAACUGAACAAAUUUAAGGAAAGACAAGCUUUAUAAAAAAAAAGAAGUUGGAAGACUAAAAUAAAAAAAAAAAAAACCACACGACGUUGAGUUUCAAUCAUCGUUGUUUUCUGAUGAUAAAAUAAAAUCCUUCAGUCCUGAUAUGUAAUUGGAUAUGUAAAAAAAAAAUAAAUUAAUAAAAUUGUAAAAAUGAAAAUUAUAAAAUUAAGGACUAAAGGAAAACGAAAACCUCGUUAAUUUGUUGUAUAUUUAAAAAAAAAAUAGAUUUAAUGUUAUUAUGUGUAUAGAAUUUUGUGAAACAUUAUACAUUUUCAUAAACAAUAUAUAAAUAUAGGAAAAACGUCUUUCAUUUUAUUUUACAGCAUUUUUAAAAUAUUUUUUUAUUACAGCUAAGAAACUAGUUUAUUAAAAAAAAAAAAAAAUCACUUAUUGUACCGACACAAAAUAAUAUUUGAGAUCUAGUCAAAAAGAAAUUUUUUUUGUGCAUUUCUUUUUAGACAAAUUCACGCCUUUUUCGUUUUUUUUCAAAUUAACUUUUCUUUUUUUUUUUUAAAGAAGUAUACACACAUACACACGCAAUGGUGACUAAAAUUAUAUAAUAUUAAUUACCGCAAAAAAUAUUUGUAUUAAACUUUUUGAAUGUGUCGACAUAUCUUUCUACAUUUUUCUACAUUUACAAAAUAUAUAUGAAAUUAUAAUUUUACGACACAUGGAAAAAAAAAAAAAUUAUAACAGCGAUUCCAAAAAAAAUAUAUUGUAAUUUGUAAUCCUAGAACACGUGAUAUUGACGCUAAUCAAUCACCGAAAAUUUUUUGUCAAUGCACGAACCCACGAAUAAAAGAUGCAAAAAAAAAAAAAAAAUUACGGUUAUAAUAUUGCAUAAUAAUAUUUUGUAUAUAAAUGAAAAUAAACAUUGAUAUUGU